GCUUGCUUCUUUUAUGCUAUACAGGGAAACCAACUUUGUAUGGCAGCUUAACUUGUCAAGGAAUUGGCCUAGAUGGCAUCCCAGAGGUUACAGCUUCAGAGGACUUUAUUGUAAAUGAAAUAAACAAGAAAAGCAUUCAUAUUUCAUGUCUAAAGGAAAGAGCAUCUUCUAAGUUUUUGGCACCAUUUACCUCCUUUUCCAGAAUUCAUACAAAGAGUAUAACAUGUCUGGACAUUUCUAGUGGAGGAGGCCUUGGAGUGUCUUCUAGUGCCGAUGGGAGCAUGAAGAUCUGGCAGGCUUCCAAUGGAGAACUCAGAAGAGUAUUGGAAGGACAUGUGUUUGAUGUGAAUUGUUGCAGGUUUUUCCCAUCAGGCAUUGUGGUUCUGAGUGGUGGGAUGGAUGCCCAGUUGAAGAUCUGGUCAGCUGAAGAUGCUAGCUGUGUGGUCACCUUCAAAGGUCACAAAGGAGGUAUCUUGGAUACAGCUAUUGUUGAUCGAGGAAGGAAUGUGAUAUCUGGUUCUCGAGAUGGGACAGCACGACUUUGGGAUUGUGGACGCUCAGCCUGCCUGAGAGUCAUUGCAGACUGUGGUUCUUCCAUCAAUGGAGUGGCUGUGGGUGCUGCUGACAACUCCAUAAACCUCGGCUCCCCUGAGCAGAUGCCAAGUGAACGGGAAGUUGGAACAGAGGCGAAAAUGCUGCUGUUGGCCUGGGAAGAUAAGAAGCUUCAGUGCCUGGGACUACAGAGCAGGCAACCAGUGUUCCUCUUUAUUGGCUCAGAUGCCUUCAACUGCUGUACUUUUCUCUCUGGCUUUUCAUUAUUGGCUGGGACACAGGAUGGAAAUAUUUAUCAGUUGGAUGUAAGGAGUCCAAGGGCUCCAGUACAAGUCAUCCACAGAUCAGGAGCACCAGUUCUCUCCCUUCUGAGUUUCAGAGAUGGAUUCAUUGCUAGCCAAGGUGAUGGAAGCUGUUUCAUUGUCCAGCAAGAUUUAGACUAUGUCAUUGAGCUCACCGGGGCUGACUGUGAGCCUGUAUACAAGGUAGCCACAUGGGAGAAGCAGAUCUAUACCUCUUGUCGUGAUGGUCUUGUGCGACGCUAUCAGCUUUCUGACCUCUGA